AUAUGUAGUGUCUAUAUAGAGAGUAGAAGGUUGAGGGCAGUUGGUUAGGCAGUUUACAGAGCUAGUGUAUUAAGAGUUUUAGAGCACUGUGUUAAUAAAGUGCUCGUUCAUCAUUAAGAAGCUGUGUUAUUCCGUGGCUCAGUUGACAGCAGAAACAUGGCAGGUAUUCUGCAGCAGUCGCUGAGGUGCACCCUCUCAGGCGGGCGGUCCCUGUUCUCCACGCUCACCAGAGAUGCGACUCGUUCGUGGACGCUUCCCGGCAUCGCGGCAAGCCGGAGGAACGCCUCGGCCAGCUCAAAAAUUCAGGUGGAAAUGGACAGCAGCACAGGCAUCGCCGUGGUGACGAUGCAGAGCCCCCCGGUGAACAGUCUCAGCCUGGACGUCCUCACCGAGUUCUGCAUCAGCCUGGAGAAGCUGGAGAUGGAUCGGGGCUGCCAGGGAGUCAUCCUAACCUCUUCCCUCCCGAAGAUUUUCUCUGCAGGGCUGGACAUCACGGAGAUGUACGGCAAGAGUCCGGAGCACUGCGCGGAGUUCUGGAAGGCAGUGCAGGAGCUGUGGCUGAAGCUCUAUGGCUCCAGCAUGGUUACGGUGGCCGCUGUGAACGGCUCCAGUCCUGCUGGGGGCUGUCUCAUGGCUACCUCCUGUGACUACAGAAUCAUGGCUGACAAUCCCAAGUACGGCAUCGGCUUGAACGAGACACAGCUGGGGAUUGUCGCCCCCUUCUGGUUCAGGGACACCAUGGUGAACACGGUGGGGAACAGGGUGGCGGAGCUGUCUCUGCAGCUGGGCCUGCUGUACAGUGCCCCCGAUGCCCUGAGGGUCGGCCUGGUGGACCAGCUGGUCCCCGAGCAGGAGGUCCUGAGAACAGCCAAGGACACCAUGGCCAAGUGGCUCGCCAUUCCAGACCAUGCCCGUCAGAUCACCAAGUCCAUGAUGCGAAAGCCAACCAUCGACAAGCUGCUGUCGCACAGGGAAGCUGACAUCGCCAACUUUGUCAGCUUCAUUACGAAGGACUCGAUACAGAAGUCACUGAAGAUGUACCUGGAGGGGUUAAAAAAGAGGAAGAACUGAAAGCGAAGGCAGAACGGAGUAAACAGUGUCUGAAUAAUGCCUGAUAAUCUUGUUCAGGUCAUUCUUUUGUUAACGGCCUUCAAAGGCAAGAUGUUAUUGUCCUUUCAGAAACAUAGUAUUUUUAUCGGAAUCAAAACUGUUUUUAAAAGCUCUUCUACAGUAUGUAUGGCUUCUAUGCUAAUGGUUUGAGAUUAUAAACUGUUUUUCACUUUA